AUGGAUGAAGUGUUUUCAAUCACAGGUGGGUGGCUUCUCUUGGACAAGUCUAUUAUCUCCAACACAGAACUUGUCUACACACAGCUUCGAUGUAUCAAAACUGGUUUCACAAAGAAAUACAAAAACAACACGACAGCGUGUUUGCUGGUGUCAACUACCACUGAAAAUUACGCAUCGGCUGAAUCAGCUUGCAAAGCAAGUGGGACACGCCUUUACACAGUAAAAACACAAGACAAACUGGACAUCCUCCUGACCAUAACCAGAUUUCUCAACAUCAGUUUCUGGAUUGGCUUGGAUGAUCGAGCUAACGAAGGGCUGAUGAAGUGGUCUGAUGGCACAGCUCUGGACGCGACUUGGGGGAACAUCAUUCUACCAUCAAGUAACAAGGGGAACCAGGAUUUAGAAGAUUGUGUGGAGUAUAACCCACUGCUCUAUCCAUUCAACGACAAUGACUGCAGCCUAAAAAAUAGAUACAUUUGUGAAAUGACAACCGCUUCUUAG